AGCGCGCCGGGCCGGCUCGGCGGGGGCCGCCCGAACGCCGGGUGUGUGUGAGGACGCGCUCCUUGUCGCGGAGUGCCUGAGCCGCGAGCAGUUGCAGUGGUACCUGCUGCAGCCAGUGCAAACGCGGAGCAUCGGACGCGGGCGCUGUUGCGUGAGGCAGGAAGGUGAAGUCAUGACGUCCGUCAGUGAAAAUAUUCUCUUUGGAUUAGGAAAUCCUCUUCUUGACAUUUCUGCUGUGGUGGACAAGGAUUUCCUUGAUAGGUAUUCUCUGAAACCAAAUGACCAAAUCUUGGCAGAAGACAAACACAAGGAACUGUUUGAUGAACUUGUAAAAAAAUUCAAUGUUGAAUAUCAUGCUGGUGGCUCUACCCAGAAUUCAAUUAAAGUGGCUCAGUGGAUGAUUCAGCAGCCACACAAAGCAGCAACAUUUUUUGGAUGCAUUGGUAUAGAUAAAUUUGGGGAGAUCCUGAAGACAAAAGCUGCUGAAGCCCAUGUGGAUGCUCAUUACUAUGAGCAGAAUGAACAGCCAACAGGGACUUGCGCUGCUUGCAUCACUGGUGACAACAGGUCCCUUAUAGCUAAUCUUGCUGCUGCCAAUUGUUACAAAAAGGAAAAACAUCUUGAUCUGGAGAAAAACUGGGAGUUGGUAGAAAAAGCAAGAGUUUUUUAUAUAGCAGGCUUUUUUCUUACCGUUUCCCCAGAAUCCAUAUUGAAAGUGGCUUGCCAUGCUUCUGAAAAAAACAGAAUUUUUGCUUUGAACCUGUCUGCACCAUUUAUUAGCCAAUUCUACAAGGAACCACUGAUGAAAGUUAUGCCUUAUGUUGACAUACUUUUUGGAAAUGAAACGGAAGCUGCCACUUUUGCUAGAGAGCAAGGCUUUGAGACAGAAGAUAUUAAAGAGAUAGCCAGAAUGACACAAGCCCUACCAAAGAUGAAUUUGAAGAGGCCGCGAAUUGUGAUCUUCACCCAAGGGAAAGAUGACACUAUAAUGGCUACAGAAAGUGACAUCACUUCUUUUGCUGUCUUGGUUCAAGACCAGAAAGAAAUUGUUGACACCAAUGGAGCUGGAGAUGCAUUUGUUGGAGGUUUUCUCUCUCAGUUGGUCUCUGACAAGCCCCUGACUGAAUGCAUCCGUGCUGGCCACUAUGCAGCAAGUGUCAUUAUUAGGCGGACUGGCUGCACCUUCCCUGAGAAGCCAGACUUCCAUUGAAGGAAGGACAGGAAACCCAAGAAGCCCAGGAGUACAGACACUGCCUUGAUCGCUUCCUGAGAAUUCCCAUAUUAAUAAAGAAGAAAAUUAUCUGCUAUCCUUUCCUACUAUAAUAAUAUUCAUUCUUAAUUAGUAGGUUACAGUAAUGCUCAGUAGAAUCUUUAUUCUCUCAAUAACCUAAAAAUAUUAUGUUUAUUUCUAUCAUUUGUUAGUGCCACUUAAAUGUCAAUUAAACAGUAAUAUAAAAUUUUAGUGGAAAUUUUUAUUUCAUUUUCAAUUACUCUGUAAAUUCAUGUGUAUUUAGCAAACUAUCAAUUUUUUUACAUUUCUGCUUUGAAUACAGAUGCAAUUUAAUAAUAUGAUAGAUUUUUAAAAAGGAAUUAAUUCUAAUAUCAAACUUUGGCUUUUUAUACAAGUAUGCUUAAUUUAGGAGUAUAUCUGUGUAUGUAUAUGUAUGUAUCUAUAUAGAUAUAGAUAUAGAUCACAAAUAUACAUGAUAAAUGUUCAGAUAAAGUACAGAACUAUUUAUCUUGCCAAUUACAACAAAUCACCUCUUCAGUGCACCUUCAAACCUGUAAUAAAUUUUGGAUAAUUA